AUGGAAAGAAGAGAUGAGGAUUGCAAAUAAGUUGGACAAUUUAAUCAAAAUGAUGACAAAUACAUUUAUAUCUCGUUUAUGAUAUCAUUUAAUGUAUUGUUUGGAAGUCUAUUCUAUUAUUACUCACUUAAUACUAGCAAUGAUGAAUGCACAUUAUUAAAGCAAACUGCUAUAUAUUUCACAUUAUAUUGUUCCUGCAGCAUCAUAUUAUCCAUAAUAACCCUUAUAGGAAAUAAGACAUUCAACACCAUCACAACAAUGGAAGGUCUGAUUAGAAUGUUAUUUCUGAUUGCGUUUUUGAUUGCCUAUAUUAAAAGUUUGUAAUGCUACCAUCUCCAAUCGCUUACGCUUAUAUUUCUGACCUUGCAUGCAUUAUUAUUUAUUAUUGCUUGUAUGAAAUCUCAAAUCAAUAAAACUAAAUAACUAUGA